UGGUCAUUCGUGUUAUGUGAAUUGUAGUAAGGAAAACAGUUUCAAUAUUUCUGUAUUGUCUGUGCAACGUUAUGAGUCUGUGUGAAAGUUUUAAUUAUAGUUAUGUAAUGGACCCAAAGUCCUCUAAUCCGUUUACAAAAGAACGCCGCAAAGAUUGGCAGCAUGAAGUCUAUAAGAAUGAAACAAAUUUAAGACCCCGCCAAUUGGCCUUCAAAUGUGGUGAUCGUUUUAUACCCAAACGUUUUAGGCGCCAAGAUGCGGAUUUUAAUCUCAAGUACAUUGAACUCAAGGAAGAUAUGGAUAUACUUAAUACAGCAAAUUAUCUAAACUCUAAUUAUUGGCGUCAAAAUAGUUUCAUUUCACUUAUGAGUAAUACAUUCAAUAUGCGGGAACAUCGUGUGCUACAAUUUAGUCCUUGGUCUGAAUUAGAUUUACGCUCUAGAAAUUAUGAGGAUUGGCCGUGUAGACCACGAGCCCGUCCCCAGGCCUAUGCCAAUGCAACGCAUGAGUUGCCGGAAUUGUAUUCAAAUUUUGAUAAUAAUUUGGUGGAUUGGUCCAUAAACAAUCAAAUGGCAAUUUCCACUGGUCAGGAUGUAAUGGUGUGGCGUGGCUCUGAUGCAACUACCAUGGUCUUUGGUGUCAAGUGUCCAACUGCUUUAAGAUAUUCCCCAGAUGGCCAAUACUUAGCCAUGGCCUAUAUAGAUGGAGGAUUUCCAGUUGUGGAAUUUUGGAAAAUUGAGACCGAAGUGGAAUUCCUAGUGACUGAAGGCAAAUAUAUCUCAGUGGGUUAUAUAACAUGCUUGGAAUGGAAUCAUAAUAGUAAAGAAGUUGUAUGCGGCACAAGAUCGGGUCACAUAAUGAUUAUCAAUUUAUCCGAUAUGGGUCAAAAGACAUUGAAAAGUCAAAACUAUAAAAUAACAAUGCUCAAAUUUUCACCAUGCAUGUGCUACUUGGCCAUUGCGGAUGCAAAUGGACAUAUCUUUGUCUUUGAUUAUCGCCGACAUAAGGUUAUUUGGAAAACACUUAUGGAAACGUGUAAUGUGUGCUUGGAUUGGCAUCCCUGGACAGGUGUGGAAUUGGUUAUUGCGGAACGUUGUCCUGCCUCACUUGUGAUUGUCCAUGUGCCGCGUCGUGAAAUUGUCGCCAGUUACAAACGUAAAGAUGAUGAUAUUAAGAUCCGUGCAAUUACAUUCAGUAAAAUUACUGGCGAGCUAUUGGUUAAUAUUAUUCGUAAUGAUAAAGGCCAAACUAGGUAUGAGAUUUUGGUGCUUGCAUCAUUGAAUAGGGUUGUUGAUAUAGUGGGUUUUUGUGAUCGUGGUGCCCUCUAUUUGAUGUGGAGUCCAGAUGGUACCAAAUUGGCAACUGGCGGUGUUGAUGAAUCGUUUUCGGUUUGGAAUUUUUAUCCCUCUCACCAUACAUCAAAUUCAAAGAAACAAGAGAUUGAUCAAAAGACACAAAAACUAAAAAAACAUCAGAACUUAGAAACCUUUGGGCUCUAUAAUCAUUUUAAGUAAUUGUAUUUGUAUUUUAAUUAAAUUUCAAUGUAUAAACUGUGUUUUUUUUUAUUUAGCUAUUAUUAUUUUAUAUAUAUAUAUAUUUGUAAUAUUUUCAUUUCGUUUGUGUUCGUGUUUUCAAUUCAGUUACAUUUCUUUCAAUAAACUUUCAUGUGAUUAUUUAACUUAA